GAAAGUUCCGGGAGGGACUGGAUGGGGCCGCGCUCCCCCGCGGGCGCCCGCGCGCCGCCCUUUGUGUGAGGUGAGCCUCGGGGUCCUCAGCCCGGGCACAGGCAAAAGUACUCCUAUGGAAGAUGGAACUCAUCGUCCAUUUUCCAGAAUGUGUUUACCAGCCCAUCCAUGGAACCUGAUAUUGCUCUCCAGUAUUGGAGAGCUUGAGGAAUGCCUGCAUCUCUGCCUGCAUUUUCCUUUCGACCAAAACCAUGGUCUUCUCAGCAGUGUUGACUGCGUCCCAUGCUGGGGCAUCCGACGUGACAUUUACAGUCUAUGAAAACACCUACAUGAAUAUUACUGUUCCCCCACCCUUCCAGCAUCCCAGCAUCAGUCCGCUGCUUCGAUAUGGUUUCAAAACCAUGGCUCCCACAAGUUUGAGUUCCCUGACAACAAAUAGCACAGCUGUGACCCCAACACCAGCAGUUUUUGAGAGCCUAAACCUCCCUCUCCAGAUCAUCCUUUCUGCUAUAAUGGUAUUUAUUCUAUUUGUGUCUUUUCUUGGGAACUUGAUAGUUUGCCUCAUGGUUUACCAGAAGGCUGCCAUGCGAUCUGCAAUUAACAUCCUCCUUGCCAGCUUGGCUUUUGCAGACAUGCUGCUCGCAGUGCUGAACAUGCCCUUUGCCCUGGUAACUAUUCUUACUACCAGGUGGAUUUUCGGGAAAUUCUUCUGUCGGGUGUCUGCUAUGUUCUUCUGGUUUUUUGUGAUCGAGGGAGUAGCCAUCCUGCUCAUCAUCAGCAUUGAUAGGUUCCUUAUUAUAGUCCAGAGACAGGAUAAGCUCAAUCCAUACAGGGCUAAGGUUCUGAUUGCAGUUUCUUGGGCAACUUCCUUUUGUGUCACUUUUCCUUUGGCUGUGGGAAACCCAGACUUGCAGAUACCUUCCCGAGCCCCCCAGUGUGUGUUUGGCUACACAACGAAUCCAGGUUACCAGGCUUACGUUGUUUUGAUUUCCCUCAUUUCUUUCUUCAUCCCCUUCCUGGUAAUAUUGUACUCAUUCAUGGGCAUACUCAACACCCUCCGGCACAAUGCCUUGAGGAUCCACAGCUACCCCGAAGGCAUCUGCCUUAGCCAGGCCAGCAAGCUGGGUCUCCUGAGUCUGCAGAGGCCCUUCCAGGUGAGCGUUGACAUGGGCUUCAAAACACGUGCCUUCAACACCAUUUUGAUUCUCUUUGCUGUUUUCAUUGUCUGCUGGGCCCCGUUCACCACUUACAGCCUUGUGGCAACCUUCAGUAAGCACUUUUACUAUAAGCACAACUUUUUUGAGAUUAGCACCUGGCUACUCUGGCUCUGCUACCUCAAGUCUGCAUUGAACCCACUGAUCUACUACUGGAGAAUUAAGAAAUUCCACGAUGCCUGCCUGGACAUGAUGCCCAAGUCCUUCAAGUUUUUGCCGCAGCUUCCCGGCCACACAAGGCGACGGAUACGCCCCAGUGCCGUCUACGUGUGUGGGGAGCAUCGGACAGUGGUGUGAAUACUGGAGCUGUCUGACACUAUGGGUGAUGGUUGCUCAUUGACUUUGAAUUUUCUUUCACGUAGAUUCUCCACUUACAUUUCAUAGUUUUUCUUUUCUUUUUUUUUUUUUUUUUUUUGUAGAGACAGAGUCUCACUUUAUUGCCGUCGGUAGAGUGCCAUGGCAUCGCACAGCUCACAGCAACCUCCAACUCCUGGGCUUAAGCGAUUCUCUUGCCUCAGCCUCCCGAGUAGCUGGGACUACAGGCGCCCGCUACAAUGCCCAGCUAUUUUUUGGUUGCAGUUCAGCCAGGGCCGGGUUUGAACCCGCCACCCUCGGUAUAUGGGGCCGGUGCCUUACUGACUGAGCCACAGGCAUCGCCCCAUUUCAUAGUUUUUCGUAGGGUUUUUGUGUGUGUGUGUCUGCAGUGUAAAGAAAGAGUGGUCAUCAGUUACAGUUCUGUUACCAAGUGUACACAGUAGGAAAGUGAUCACACAUUUUACCUCCAGGGUUUAAGAAAAGUCCUUGAUUUAGGAUGGGGAGAUUUUUUUUUAAUUGGUUUUGUUUUUGUAGUAGGAAUCGGGAUUAUGU